UAAAAAUAUAAUUCAUUAUUCGAUCAUCUCAAAAUGUCGAUUGGAAGUAAUGCUGCUAAAAACACCAACAUUCUCUUUCGUUUUAGGUCGAUAUUAUUAAGUGAGCUGAGUAACAUAAAUAUACCGGCUUUUCGACAAAGAAACAUUGAAUUGAAAGAGUUUUUAAAAGAGAAGUCUUCGAAAGCGCUGCAAUCUGAAUGGGGUCGAAAAAUAAGUGUUGCGAAGGGAUUUUAUCAAUUAGAGAUAUCUCCACCAAAAUCUGCUGAAAUGAAGAAAUUACAAGAAGACCUUGACCUUGUAAAAGAGUUCAUCAGAAGUGGUUGCUAUAAAUUUAUUACUGUAAGACAAGCUUGGUUGCUUUUUUUAGUCAGCUUGGAAGUAAUACUGUGGUUUUUCUUAGGAGAAACUUUUGGGAAAAUGCAUAUUGUUGGAUAUAAAGUUUGAUUUUUUAUGGAUUAAUUUGCAAAGAACCUACUGUAUCUAGCAACGAUUAAACUAAAUUAUAAAAUUGUU